AUGAGUGUUUCUGGUGCUCAAACACCUAGCAAUAAUAAUGUUAAGGAAGAAACACCUCAAGACUCAAUUGAUAAUAUAAAUUCCAACGUAAAUAAUGAAAAUUCCUUUGAAAAUUUAUUAGCUAUUCCAAUUAAGGUCAAUAGAUUCCAAUCGAACGGGACAUAUCCAUUAGGUAUAACCAAGACGUUGCAUUACUCUUUAAAUAAUUUGAAUGUGUUCCAGAAUUUACCAAAGGAAACCGCUCGUGGGAUUGAUGAUUUAACAAGACUAAAAAUGUCAUUAAUGUCUGAAUUGCCUGACGAAAUUAAAUGGUCCUUAAAAAAAUAUUUAGCAUAUAGUAAUAAAGCUCCUUAUAUUAUUAAUCUGAAAGAAAACCCAGAUUUAUUGGUCGUUUUUAAGAAAUUCAUAUUAGAUUUAAAACCUUUAAUUAAAAAAUUUAAUACAUCAAUUAUUAAUACUGAAGAAAAUUCUGAUAAGAUUCAAAUGGGAUUAACAUCUUUAUUAAUUUUAAGGAAUUUGGUUCAAGAUAGUGAUUCCGUUCAAUUGUUAGUACAAGAUAAUGAAUUAAAAGAUUUUAUAUUAUUUAUUUUGAUCAUUUAUGAAAAUACGAUCAAUCCAUUAUCUCAAAAGGAUAAAACAAGCAGCAGUGAUAAAAUAUCAAAUAUAAAUUCAAAAUCUAAGUCAAAUCCACAUAUAUUAGAUGAAAUCCUUCAAAUUAAUCUAAGCUAUUUCAACGAAUUAAUUCAUUAUUCUUUAGACUUAAUGGAGGCUAUAUCUUCUUAUAUUGCUCCUGCAAAGAAAGAUGAUCCAUUUUAUAUUUGUUUAGUCUCAAUUUUAAAUUUUUCAAAAGAUCGUUAUAUUAUAAUAUCUUUAUUAAGAUCAUUAUCAAGAUUACUAGUGAAAUCAAAAUCAGAUGAAAAGAGUGCGGCUGAUAAUUUAAAUGAUGAAUCCUUAAAUUUGAUUGUAUCUUUUCUAUUGAUAGAAUCCGAUGGAGAAUUAAUUACUGCAGCAUUAGACUUAUUGUAUCAAUUUAUUUUGCCAGGAUCAGAAAGAAUUUCAUUUCUUUUAAAUAAUAAUGAACGGUUUAAAAUAUUGUACUCAGUUUUACCAAAACUUUUAACAUUUAAUAACCAAUUACCAAAUUAUAGUUUAUUAAAUAAUUAUAAAAUUAAUUUAAUUAAAAGGUUGAAACCUCCGGUACCAAAAAAUGCGCCUGAUUUACCAAUAGAAACUUUUAAAGCAUUAUUAAAACUAGAUGAACCAAAAAGAUCAACAGCAUGGUUAAAGUGUUGUUUUGAACCUGUAACGGAUUCUGAAGUGACACAAAUCGUACUUUGGAGAAAUUAUGAAUCAAAAUUUAGCACAUUGGUUCGCCAAUCAGGUAGAAAAUUACUGCCAGCUGUAGAGUUCAUUAAAAAUGUUUCGACUGCAUUUGAAGCAGCAGCUCCAAUGGUGAUUACAGAUUCCUCGAAUGGUAAAAAAAGAUUUGUAAUCAAGAAUAUUCAACCAAGAUUAGUGCCUCUAACAAUAAAAGAAUCUCAAUACAUUUCAACCACACCAUCUAUUAAUACAUCUAUAACAACUAAAUAUUUGCAUCAUACUAGUACCAGCUCAGACGACAAUAGUGAGGAUUUUAUUUCACCAGCCAAGCAGGCCCCUCUACCAAAAAUACGAUUUGCUAAUAAUUUAUCAGAAUUAUCAAAGGCAGCUGCUACUUUCCUUUGUUUAUUAUCUAAUGAUGAAUCAGGUAUUGGUUCUAAAUUUUCGCAAGAUGUUAAACCAAUAAUAUUCCAACAUUUAGCUGAUAUUCCACCAUUAACGAGUGUACUAACAGAGUAUAUGGAUAAUACCCAUGGCAAUAUUCAGUAG